GUGACCCGUCCGCAGCCACAGGGAGGCACUGACAGCUCCGACUCGGGGAGGAGAACACAGCGCAGCAUUGUGUCAGCUGCAGUGCAGCAACGUCCAGAGACCAGGCAGUAGCCCAGGGCAUAAGGGAGCAGAUUGGGACCUCUGCUUCUCUGCUGCAUAAAUCAUGGGGCCACUUCAAGACAGCAAGAAAAUGCAAGAAAAGGAGAUUGCCCGGAGUCGAAUCCCACGGCUGGUUCUGCGUCCAUAUUUGCCAAAGCAGAAAGUGUCUCCAUCUUCUGAAUCCCCAUUUUCAGAGGAGGAGAGCAAAGACUUCAACCUUACCUCCAGUCGCUCUGCCAGGACCAUAAGUAGCAACAGCUUCUGCUCAGAUGACACCGGUUGUCCCAGUAGUCAAUCAGUGUCCCCGGUAAAGACUCCGUCCGAUGCUGGCAUGAGCCCCAUGGGAUUCUGUACAGGAAGUGAGGAUGAUUACAGCCACAAGCGAGUCAGCACUGGCAUGUAUACUGAUGGCAGCGUUCAGCCCACGAGAUACAAGAAGGAGCCAAAGAGCGGCCUAAUGAAGACUGGCCCACAAUCAUUCAAGAUGCGAGGAAGUGAAGCGGAUUUCAGCUCAUCGAGCAGUACUGGCAGUAUAUCUGCACCAGAAGUCCACAUGAGCACUGCGUCCGGAGGAAAGAAAAACUCAUUUUCACGCAAACCGCCCUACCGCACAGAAACUCAGAAACGGGGCUCGAGGAGCACAGCCGAGAGUCGAGUGUCCCAUGGGCGAGGCCACAACAGUUCAUCUGGAAAGCCUGUAGAGAGUCCGCCAGCCAAUCGAGAGAAGGAUCUGUUUUCAGUGCUGUGUAGGAAUCAGUUGAGUCCAAUUAAUGUUCAUGAUGCAUAUGGGAUCUCCUCUCCUAGUAGCAGUAACUCUGGGUCCUACAAGGGCAGCGACACCAGCCCUACACUCAGGCGCACUAUGAAAUACACAUCCUGUGGAGAUAAUCACGGGGUCAAGCCGCCCUCUCCUGAGCAGUAUUUGACUCCGCUGCAACAGAAAGAAGUCUCAAUACGUCACCUAAAGGCAAAACUGAAAGAAUCCCAGAACACACUGGAAGAAAGGGAAACAGAAAUAGAAGACCUGAAAUCUCAGUUGGCUCGUAUGAGAGAAGACUGGAUUGAGGAGGAAUGCCAUCGUGUUGAGGCCCAGCUCGCCCUAAAAGAAGCCCGGAAGGAGAUCAAGCAGCUAAAGCAGUUCAUUGAAACUAUGAAAAACAGCUUGGCUGAGAAAGACAAAGGUAUUCAGAAAUACUUCAUAGACAUAAACAUUCAGAACCGAAAAUUGGAAACCCUUCUGCGUAGUAUGGAAUUGGCUCAAGAUGGGGAAUUUAGAGAUGAACAGUGUUUGGAUUAUUUUUGUAACUCUCCAGGAGCUUCUCUGACUGAAAGUGCAAUUUAUGAUAAGAUGUCAGAAGGACUUCUAAUGGAGGACCAAGCCUCUGAGGAGAUGGCAGACUGUGAUCUCCUUCUGAAUGAUGACCUGGCAAACAGAGAUGACCUUUACGAUGAGGUCUUGAUGGAAACAAGAAGUGAUCUUGGCAGCUUGGCAAACCUGAAUUCUACCAAACUGCAAUCCACAGUUUGUUUUGAGAAAGAAAUGGAUAAAGUACAUUCCAAGUGGGCCCAGGGUUCACAGUGGAUGGAGCAAGCAAUCCAAACUGAUGUUGUUCCUUACAGCCUUGACCUUGAAAAUCUCAUCCUCAAGAUGUUUAAGCCCCAUACUGCCCACCCUGUUGAUAGAUCAUCUUCCAUUAUGCGUGGUCUCCAAGCCAAAUGUUCUGGUUCCACAAACCUAAUUGACUUGACACCUGAUGAUCCAAAUGUUGCUAUCCUUUUAUCUCCCGACUCUCUGCAGAAUGAUAUCCCUACAUUCUCAAACCGUGCUAUGAAAGAACUUGACUUUGAAGGACCUUUGCCAAGGUUGCCAAGCAGAGAUGCACAACACAUGUGUGUGGUGAAAAGACACUGGAGUGACCAUUUUUUGACCGACUUUUUGGCGGUGGCUGUGCCCAUUAUACCUACAGUCUUAUGGGCAUUAAGUUCACGAAGAGGAUAUCCAGACCCUGUGUAUAACAUUGGCACUAUGAUGCGUGGCUGUUGUUUAAUAGCCUUACAUACUCUUAGGAAAACAUCCUACAGCCCUUAUAAUUAAAUCCUACAUUUUUCUAGAAUUUCAAUCCUCUAGAAUGUUAAUAGGAAACCAUGCUUUCCUAUAUGCUUUAAAGGGGAAGCUGUAUAUAACCUUCUAAUUAGUUUUAAUCUUUCUUGUAAUCUUUUAGACCCACACGGUUCCUAAGAUAUUGAUAUAAUCCCAGCACUAUGCCUUUUGAGUGUUGCUCUUGGUCACUUUCUGUUGAUUGCACGAUGCCCCUGCAACAACAAUGUUCACAUUGAAGUAGAGCAAAUACAACUCGCAUUAACUUCACGCUGGAAUUAAGUUUACUGCCAAAGGAUACCAGUUAGAUGUACGGCAGUAGUAAGGAUGAGUCCUUUUGAUUAUCAUUUACAACCACCACCGAUAUUGUUUCAAGUGAUGGUUCAAAAUGGAUUCUCUGGUCAUGGAUUGAUGCCGUUAUUACUCCAUGGCCUUUUUUUGUAGAUAAGUGGAUUGCUGCUAGAUUAUAAAGUUUAGGAAAAACCAUUUCCCCUUUAUUGCCCUUUGCUUACACAGAGCACUUAUCAAAUUGAA